UCACAACUAACAACAGUUACAUCAGCAUUGGUGGUCGCUGUAAUAGUGAAGAGACGUUUUAACAACAGUGUUUAUGAUAUAUAAUGAUAUGGUGGUCUUCCCUGUAUCCCUCUACCUUAGGGGUGGAAGGCAUCGCGGUGGCAGUGUGGAGCGCCUCUCUGCUCGCCCGUGGACUGCAGCUGCUCUGAUGUGAUGCUCUCUGCGGGGUGUGGUGCUCAGUAAAUGACAAUUAAAAGCAAGAAAACAAUCUAAAUCACAGCGGGAACAUACGGAAUCAGUCUCCUGUUAUUUCCUGGCACCGAAAAACCGGCAGGUCCAGAGGCUCUAUUGUAGGUUCUCUGUUAGGAUGUCGUCACCUGAAAAUGCUGCGUCACAUAAAGUCUGUGACGCGUCACCUCCAACAUCAGAGGCUGAACCCCUGAGGAUUGUUCUGUUGGGGAGGACGGGAACAGGCAGAAGCUCCGCAGGCAACACCAUCCUGGGCAGGUCUGCCUUCUGGGUCAGCGUCUCCCCCUGCUCCGUCACCACACAGUGCACGAGACAGACUGGGACAGUAGACGGGCGGAGCGUCUCUGUGAUUGACACUCCGGGUUUCUUGCACACACACCUGAACCCCGAGGAAGUCAUGACAGAGGUGGGGCAGUGCGUUGUCCUGUCCUCUCCGGGACCCCAUGUCUUUCUGGUGACCCUGCAGCCCGGCAGGUUCACCCAGGAGGAGAGGGACGCCUUAGAGUGGAUCAAGGCUACGUUUGGACCUGAAGCCACCAGGUUUACCAUGGUGUUGUUCACCUGGGGAGAACGGCUGCAGGGCAAACGCAUCGAGGACUUCCUGGGAGAGAGCGGUGAGCUGUCGGAGUUUGUCAGCAGCUGCCAUGGCGGGUAUCAUGUCUUUGCGAACAGUGAACAGGACGAGACAACGGACAGCUCACCACAGGUCAUACAGCUCCUGAAGAAGAUAGACAAGACUGUGGCGGAAAAUGGAGGCAGUUGCUAUAGCAGUGAGAUGUUCAAGGAGGCUGAGCGGGCCAUCAGAGAGGCGCAAGAGAGGAUUCUGGGAGAAAGAAGACACACUGUGUCCCCACAGAAGGCGGCUAAAGACAAAGAGGAGCAGAGACCAGAGUUUGAGAGGAUGAGGAGUGAGGAAGAAGAGGCCAGGAAACGGGCAGAGAGGCUUUUCUGGUGCGAGCUGAUGACUGCUGUGGGGAAAGGUGCUGCAGAGGGGGCAGGGAUCAUGGGGAAGGACGAGGAGAAAGGGAAGGCUGUGACGAAGGUGAAGGUGAUGGAGAGGGCAGCAGCUCUGGCAGCAUCGCCGCUCUCCAUCACUUCAGCUGCAAAAGCGGUGGGAGGAGCGGUGAGGGAAGGAAGCAAGGUGUUAUAUAAACACAGAAAAACUUUCCUGAAAACACCUCACUGAAGACAGUCAGUCAAGUGUCCCUCAGUGCAGUAAACACAGGCACAAUGUAGAGGUGAGAGAAAAUGUUAGCU